UACAAUGGACGAUACCACUGAUAGAACGAUGUGAAUUUACAACAUCAACGCAACUUUGUGCAUGCUUGAGGAACUUCAGUUUCUUAAGCCCCUAAUAGCACUGCACACGAAGCUAAUCGCUAUUAAGGAUGGCCAGCUUCUUUGAUCUUAAGGCGCGGAAAGCUGCCGCUACAAACGGGGCCUCAACUUCAAAAGCCAGCGAGCCAAAACAGGCAGCCAAGAAACAACCCUGGGUAGAGAAGUACCGACCUAAAACCCUCAGCGAUGUCACAGCACAAGAUCACACUGUCAAUGUCCUGCAGAGGACACUACAAGCGUCCAAUCUUCCUCACAUGCUAUUCUAUGGUCCCCCCGGGACCGGCAAGACCUCGACGAUCUUAGCUCUCGCGAAAGAGCUAUACGGACCCGAGAUGAUGAAAGCGCGAGUGCUCGAGUUGAACGCUUCUGACGAGCGCGGCAUAAGUAUUGUUCGAGAGAAAGUAAAAGACUUUGCGCGAAUGCAACUUACAAACCCACCUGCGGGCUAUCGAGACCGCUACCCUUGCCCGCCCUUCAAGAUCAUUAUCCUUGACGAAGCGGACAGCAUGACACAAGAUGCCCAGAGCGCCCUCCGCCGAACCAUGGAGACAUACAGUAAGAUCACUCGUUUCUGUCUCAUCUGCAACUACGUCACGCGCAUCAUCGACCCACUUGCUAGUCGUUGCAGCAAGUUCCGCUUUAAGAGCCUAGACCAGGGCAACGCACGGAAACGGCUCCAGGAAAUUGCCGAGAAAGAAGGCGUCAACCUCGAGGAUGGCGCGGUGGAUGCGCUUAUUCGGUGUAGUGAGGGUGACCUGCGAAAGGCUAUCACCUUUUUACAGAGCGCGGCGCGGCUAGUAGGUGCUGUAGAGAAAAGCGACGACGAUGGUGAGGAUAAGAUGGACGUAGAUGACGAUACACCCAAGGUUGUCUCUGUCAAGAUUGUCGAGGAUAUUGCUGGUGUAAUACCGGGCUCAACGAUUGAGAAAUUGCAGAAGGCCAUGCAACCGAGGUCAGCGGGCGCAACCUACCAAGCCAUUGCCAAAGUUGUGGAGGAACUGGUGGCGGAUGGCUGGAGUGCUAGUCAGGUCAUCACACAGCUUUAUCAAGCCGUGAUCAACGACGAACUCAUUCCAGAUCUGGGCAAAAACAAGAUCACUCUUGUGUUCUCCGAAGUCGAUAAACGGCUAGUUGAUGGCGCAGAUGAGCAUCUAUCUAUCUUAGAUCUAGCCUUACGGAUAUCAAAUAUCCUUGGAGGGAAAGGAUGAAGAGACCAGACUAGCACCGUGAAACACGAAGAUAUUAGAAUGAACGUGAAAUAGGGGACACAG